AUGGAGCUUGUUGCGAAGACCAAUAAAUUAGGCUCUGAUGAAGGACAAGUGACAGAACCCACAGUAGCUCAGAAUGACAAUGCAGCUUUAAAAAAUGCAAGGAGCUUCGAUCCUAUUGAAGGCGAUGAAUUCUGUGACAUACUAAGAAUGCCUAGACUGGUGCAUGAUGGGAGUAAUUCUGCCAGUGAAGAAACAAACCACAGUGCAAAAAAAUCACUAUCGGCUAUACAGCAGGCUGCUGUACUUGCACAAUGCUUGCAUGUGAGCCGAAGGAGUCGUAGUGAUGAAAUGUCUGGGUGGGAGAUGGCACCAUACAUAGAGUCAAUCGAUUCUCAGGAGGAAUCUUACUUUGUGGUAUGA